AGCAGGUCUUCCAAUAUCCCUGUGGGGUCUUACUUGACUUCUGGGAAGCUUCCUAUAAAUUACAGAACUACUACCCUAACAACAACACUCCUCCGAGCUGAAGCUGCGCGGGAGUGGGCAGGUGUGUUGCAGCCAUGGACGUUGUGCCGCCCGCGGUGACAGACCCGACGACAUCGGAUGCACCACCACCACCACCGCCGCCGCCGCCGCUGCUGGUGGUGGACAACACUGCCGUCGGCAACACGACUGUCACUCACCACCACCGUCCAGCAAGUGUGCAGGAUGGCGCCGGGAUGGACGACCGAGCGCGUGCGGGGUCUGAGUGGCGACCCGACUCGGCUGCUCCACCGACGCCACACGAGGUCGAGCCGACGACGACCGCGAUGAUGAGCUGCGAUGCGUGCGUCGCGACCCAAAAGCGCUUGGACGCAGUGCGUGCAUCGAACAACAAGCUCAAGUCGAGGGUCGUCGAGACAAGCCAGCUGCUGGGACUGUACUCGCGCAACCAGCAGGAACUCAAGCAAUCCCAAUCGCAGACCAUCUUACUGCGAGACCACCUCGCGCUGACGACGUUCCAGCUUGCACAGUCGCAAGAAGAGGUCAUUGGAUUGCAGAUCCAGCUCGAGCGGGUGAUUCAGUCCAACUUGCCUUUGAAACAGACCAUUGCGGCAAAGGACGCCGAAAUUGCACAGCUCAAGCACGACGUUGAGGUUCGCAACAACAAGUUGGUCGCGUCGCGAUUCCACCUCGACCAGCUGAAGCGCGACAUUUUGGAGAUUGAGGCGUUUCGCAGCGACCGUGACAAGCACGAGGAGGUGGCCAAGAACAUGCGCCAGCAAUUGUCCCAGCGUGCGCGGCAAAUACGGUCCUUGCAGCAGGAUUUGGAGCUGCGGACGCAAGACUACCGGCUCCUUCGCGAGGCGGCCGAGAGUUUCAACCCAGACACGAUGGUGCGCUUCAAUGUACCACAAGCUCAAGCUGACUGGGAUGACUUGGAGAUGGAUUUGGGCAGUACUAGCCAUAGUAGUGGUCGGCACUUCCAGCGAGCCGCAUCGCCCCCUGUCGUCUGGGUGCAGGACAGCAUGGCUCGACGGCUGGUGCAGCAAGUGACAGAAGGCCGGCCGCCACCCCUCGAUCUCGUGCGUCGCGAAAAGCAGCAGGCCCUUGAUGCGCAGCGGGUGCAUUUCGAAGCAGCUCUGCAUUCAGCCGCAGACACGGGCCUUCCCGAACCCGUUCGCCGACCUCGGAAACCGCGCAUGCCAAGUCUGCUUCCACGAAAGCCGCGGAAAAAGUCGCCAAGAGCUACAUCUACACCCAGCGCUUCUCGAAAGGUGUCCAAGCCUGCCACGCCCAGCUCUUCCAAGGGCACAACAGCUGACAUUGAAGCGGAGGACGCUGCAGACACAGGCAGUCAGUCUGAUCACACGGAUAGUGGUGGCGACGACGAUGAGACGAGCGAUGAAGAGUUUGAUUUGCUGGACAGCGAUUUUGCUCGCCCGUCGGAUGAUGCCGACGCAUCCGAGUUUGUCACGGUAGAGGACGAUCCAAGCCGUGUGCGAAUCGCUUCGCCCUUAUUCUCCUUGGCCAGCAUUUCGUUCGAAGAGCCUUCCGUGACUGCCGCAAGUCCGUCCACCGCCUCCACUAGCGUGGGUGGACGCGGAGCAAGGUCGCGCGUGUCAUCCAGCAACGGCAGGAGUGGUCGGGCGAAGGAUUCACGCCAUUCCGCUGCGACGGCGGAGGCUUUGAAUUCAGCGCGACCUCCGCGAUCUCGGCCACGUGCCGCAGCUGCCGCAGCAGCUCGUCGGGGAGCUGAAGAAGCGACUCCUGUGGCGGCUGCGGCUUCAAUCAGCGACGAUGAUGCAGCGGACGCCGUGCUGCCUCGCUUUGAGUUUGCGUCUGCUCCAGCCGCGCCUUCUGCAACGACCAGCCAUGCGGUGAGCACUCGCAGACCUGUGAUUUCCGAACGGCGCACUCGUUUAUCCAGUGGCUCGUCAGUGUCCUCGAUCGAAGCAGCUGUCCUCCCCACUCUCAGCUCUCCGAAGCGAUCUGGCGCCACCCGACCUCUACGAGUUGAUUCACAGCGUAGCUCGCGGGUUCGUUCCGAAUCCUCAUCGUCAUCAUCGUCGUCAUCGUCCUCCGCCUCCUCCUCCUCCUCCUCCAGUUCCCAGUCUUCCUCCUCGUCUGACUCGUCGUCCGCUUCGGCAUCGUCCGCCUCGGAGUCCGAGCUGCCCCAAGUUCUAUCUGCUGCACCUGAGGUGCCCGCAAGUACGAGCACGCAAUCAGCCCGACGAGCGCGAGCAGAAAAAGUACGAGCACGCCGCCACGUCGUGCUGUCCGAGGAUGAAGACGAAAGCGACGUUACCGUGCCUGCCCGUAGUCGAAGCAGCGCUAAUGCUAAUGCCAGUGCUCGUAAUAGUGGGAGUCGUGCCACGAGCGGUGGCAGCAAUAGCAGCACCAACAGCGAGGCCGAAAGCGACGCCUCCUCGCCCUCGAAUGUCUUCCGCUCUGUCGGACGACAGCUUCGUUCCGCGGGGGCAGCACUCAAUGUGCGCAUUGAUUCUACCUUGUCUGACGAGGAGGCUGACAUUGACGCUGCAAGAUCGCGGCAAGCGUUGCUCGGACAUGCUUCUCCACAAGGCCAGCAUGAGCAACGUUCUUCUGCUGGGCUCCGAGGGUCUGUGCGGUUGCGCCUGAAUAGCGAAAGCUCUGAUGAAGGCACCGGAGCUGCGUCAGAAUUCGACGAGCUUGCUAGCGGCGAUAGUGCGAGUGAGGACUCGAGCAGCGAUGCCUCGUCACCUGAACGUGCGUCGCGUUCUGCUUUGAUGGACCAAUCCGAUCCAGUGUAUCAACGAGCCGUCGCACUCGCUGCGCAGCUACAAGCAGAGCGGGCUGGCACUUCAUCGUCAUCUUCUCGCGCGCAAGCAUCCACCAGAACGCGAUCACGCGAAACUCGACCGGCGGCGGCGGCGGCGGCGGCGGCGGUGGCUCCGCCACAGCGACCAAAGAUUGUUAGUAGCGAGUUCAUUGAUUCAAGUGACGACAGUUCGAACGAGUACAAUGGCCCAUCAACGAGCAGCUCGUCCCGCCAGUCGCGGGCCGUGUCAAGUUCCGCCGCUCUGCCCAAAACCACCACAAGCCGGACGUCCGCCGCCGCAACCUCCUCGUCGUCGACGCCGCGAGCCAAGCCGACGGGCCGCAGCAAAGCAGCAGCAACGGCCAGCUCAUCCAGCGAGCCCGCGGCCUCGAGUGCGUGGUACGACGAAUUUGGGCAUCAGAUGCGUGCCCUUUCACCCUCCGUUUCUCCCUUAGGGUUUGACCGAAUGUCGCCAACGCCGGCUCAAGAGGAGGUUGCUCAACCGACGUCGAGACGGCGCGCGGGGCAGACUACUGCUCAACAAAACGCCGCCAAUCUCACGGUCGACGAAACGGUCGCGUGGACGCAGGACUUUCAUUCUCAGCUUCGCGCACUGUCCCCUCCUGUUUCGCCUCUUGGUGUGGACAUGAUGCAAUCGCCCGUGUCUCCCGUCCGUUCGCGCCGCAGCAGAGCAGCAGCAGUCCUUUCCGACGACAGCGAGGCAGAGGAAUUGGCGCCAAGCUCUCCUAUAGCCAAGCACCCCAAGCGAGUCCGGUUGGAUGCCAGCAAGAUUGGCGCUCGAGACAAGUCAACGCCAGCUGGUGCCUACAUGAUCCGGACCUUUUCACUCGUGCUUUCAGGCUCUGCCCCCAUGUCUGAGCUGCUCCAGGCGUGGCAGUCAGCCCAAUCCUUUUCCGACUCGUCGCUGUUCAUGAACGGCUUGCAAUCCCUCUGUGCGCAUUGCACGACAUACUGGGGCUCGCAGCUGCUGCGUGAGGCCGAAGGCGAGGCUCUGUCCUUGCUCAAAGAUCAGUUGCUUUAUGCGAUCGUUCAAACGUUCGAAGUUCAGGGUUGGGAUGUGUUGAAGCCCUUGAUGAACCUCCACAUUCGCAUCAUUAACGAACAGCAUUCGGCGCCCAUGAUGGAACUCGUGCUUGUCUGCCGACUGUUUACCGGGCUGUGUCGAGCAAUUGGUCAUCUGCGACGAGCACGCGUGCUCUUCUACGACCUCCUGUCCAAGGAUUCCAGCUUCCGUAUUUCGUUGGUUCACGCUGUCGCGACCGUCUGGCCGUCUGUCGUUCUCUGUGAAAGCUACAACGGGUUGGAUCGGCCGCUUGUGACGGACAUGGAUGCAAUCAUGGCAGCCUUCGAAGUUGCACUGAAAAUGCGAGCCAGCCAAAGCAUUGGGCUGCAGACCGGCGAUGACUCGCAGAUCGCCCGAGCUCAGUUCAAGGAAAUUUGCGAGCUGGCACACUGGGAUGCCACCCUCCCAGCUGCCGCCGACGAACUCGCCGUCAUGGAUGCGCUUGUCAGCCCAAUCAUCACUGCCAUGACCGAGUUGCUACUUUCGGGCACCGUUGCCAUUGAGCCUGAAGGUCAUGCGUUGCUGGACGACGCGACUUUCACCAUUGUCAAGGCUCUUGCCUUGUUGGCACACACCCACCUCCGUGUGCUCGACUUGGUGCUGCAGGGUCACAUUUGGCCGGCGUUCCAAGAAUGGUUGCGUGGUCACCUCAACCCCGAUCCAGAGUCGGAGAACGCCGUGCCCGAGCACAGCAGAACACCCGCACGCAAGCUGUCGGACGCGUCUGUCGUGGGCCUGGUGACGUUGCUCGGGUUGAUGCACAAGAUUUCCAUUCAAAGCAACCCGGUUGCCAGCACUGGCGAUUUCAUCCGGCAGAAACUCGUGGGCUUUUUGCGCGCGCCCGAUCCGGUUGUCACUGUGCAGAUGAAAGCCGCAGCUGCCGAGACGUUGGAAGAUUGCCUCCCACUUCUAUGGUCUGCCGUUUCCACCGAUCCAUUCAUGCUUGUUCCAAAUCAAGGCGAAGCGAUCGACCCCGUGCGCGACCAUCCCGCCAUCACCAUUGUGAGUGCCAUCGGCGAGUGGUAUGCGACACUGUCCAAGCGUGCGCUGCAGCGACUCCCCGUGCGUUUGGCCCAGCGGAUGCGUCUCUGCGCCGUGUCUGCCAAGCCAUCCCGUUCUUAGUUUCUUUUUGCUCGUUUUCUCAGUACUCCUCUCUCCUUCGUUUUCUUAUUUUCUCUUGUUAUUAAACGCUCUUUGUACAUUUAUGAAUUCCACUCCCUCCAAAAACCCAC